AGCCCUUAUAGAUUCAUAUUAUUUCUUUCCAUUGUAAGUAAAGUUAUCUUUCCUAAACUAUUAGAACGGGAUGCUGUUUAGAGUGGCGUUACUGUACCGCACCUGUACUGCUGGAGCGGUCUGUAUACAGAUCUGCAGUGUUCAAAGACUUAAAAAAGAAAUCUUCAUACAGAAAGUGCAGCCCCAUUGUUGCUUUACUAUGACUGUGUCCAGUGCAGCCUCCUUUCAUUCCGUGAUCAAAUCCAAUGGAAUUGCUGAUGGAAAGAGGAAGGCUGUGUGGGUUGCCUUCUCAUGAAGCACUCCCCACCCCCCGUGCUGAGCAGCGAUCAGAGAGCUGGGACUGAGAGCGCCUUGUUCCCUGCAAAUGAAUGGCAUUCGAGGGCUCGUGUGUGAGAAGCGGAGGAGGAAGCAGCAGAAACGAGCAGUAUUGUGGUAACUGGGUAAUUGCAUGACUAAGGGUUUCCCUGUGACUGUCCAAGCUUUGGGGUCACGAGCAGAGGCGUGUCGUAUCAAUAUAAAAAAACUAAAAACUAAAAACAUGCUGCCGAGUUUGUGAAAAAGGAUCAGGAGGUAAUAUUCCAGUAAGGCUGUGGUGUAGUUUAAGUAAGACCCAUUCUUUUACUUUAUUGGUUUGGUUUGCGUUUCUUCAAAAGGAGCAGGAUGAAUAAACCUUCACGGAAUCCAAGAUGAUUGGCGAUCGUUUGAAAUUCAGAUCAGGCCUCCCUUGUUUCUCAGAAGCUAGUUUUAAAUGGGAGUUUGUCUUCCUUCAGUGACUUUGUUACCAGAGUAGUGCGCUCGCUACCAGUGUCCACUUGGAUUGGGAUUUCCUAUUCUCAUACACAUCCCAGUGCUAAAGGAAAGGGCUUCUGGUAGGCAAUGAUUCUGGAAAUGCACCAGCAAGCCUAAAGGACUGUCUGAAGCAGAAGAGAGUGGGAAUACUUCAGAAAUACUACAGAACAUCUGAAGAGUGCCUUAACAAUUGUGAUCCUCCCCGUUUGAGAUGUAGAGUUCAACACAUUCAAGACAUUGAGAUCAAGUCCAGCGUUUUUAGAUAAAGAGUGAUCUUGCCAGUGAAGAGGACUCUGCACCCCGCCCCGUCUCCUGCACCAUGUCCUCCCGCAUCGGCCUGCGUCUGCAGCUCAUGCGCGACCAGCUGCAGCAGGAGGAGCAACGCGAGAGGGAGCAGCAGCAGCAGGCAGCCAUGCAUUACAUGCAGCAGCGCAUGUCUGUCCCACAGACCCCUGCCAUUAACACUCCUGUCCACUUCCAGUCCCCCAUGCAAGUCCCAGUUGAGGUGCUCAAGGUGCAGACUCACCUGGAGAACCCCACCAAGUACCACAUCCAGCAGUCGCAGAGGCAGCAGGUGAAGCAGUACCUGUCCACCACCUUCGCCAACAAGCAGACACUGCAGGCCGUGAGCGGAGUCCAGCCCUCCCCUCCGCCCCCUGUCCCUUCCCCCCACAUGAGACCGGACCUCCUAGUCAACACCUCCGCUGGGAACAGCACUCCCAACAGCCCCAUGGCCCUGCUCAACAUCAGCUCCAACCCCGAGAGAGAGAUGGAUGAUGUGAUCGAUGACAUCAUUAGUCUGGAGUCCAGCUAUAAUGACGAUAUACUGGCUUACACUGACCCUGUGCAGAUGCCAAACACACUGCCCCUCUCCAGCAGUCACUUAGAUGUGUACACUGGCCCUGGGAUGGCUGGCCCCACCAUUGGCAUGACCAGCAACUCCUGCCCAGCGAACAUCGCCAUCAAAAGGGAAAUGUCAGAUGCAGAAGCCCGUGCUUUGGCCAAGGAGAGACAGAAGAAAGAUAAUCACAACCAGAUUGAAAGAAGACGGAGAUUUAACAUCAAUGAUCGCAUCAAGGAGUUAGGAACCAUGAUCCCAAAGACUAAUGAACUGGAUGUGCGCUGGAACAAGGGGACGAUCCUCAAGGCAUCUGUGGAUUACAUCAAGAGGAUGCAGAAAGACAUGCACAGAUCCAGGGAGGUAGAAACCAACUUAAAGAGAAUGGAAAUGACAAACAAGCAGCUGUGGGUUCGGAUUCAGGAGCUGGAAAUGCAAGCCCGAGUCCACGGCCUCGCCUCCAGCUCCCCCUCGGGACUGGGCGGGGUGGAGAUGCUGGGGCCACUUAUUAAGCAGGAGUCCGGCUUGGAGGACAAGGCAUCGCUGGAGGCGCUUCAGCAGCAGCACCAGCACCACCAGCAGCAGCAGCAGCUCUCCCAUCACGAGCAGCAGUACCCUCAGCACCUCGACUUCACACAGACACUGGAGCUCUGUGACAGCGCAAUCGGCUUCCAGGACCCGCUCUCCCACUUCACCGACCUCACCUUCACCUCCCCUCACAAAAACGACUAUAUGCUCAUGGAGGAUGCGCUGUCCCCCCUCGGAGGGGACCCCCUCCUCUCUGCCAUGUCCCCCGACCCCUCGGUUGUCAGCAGCCGCCGUAGCAGUUUCAGCAUGGAAGAUUCUGAUGUCCAGUGACCCCCCCACCACCCCUCCUCCACACCCUUUCCCACCGCAAGUGUGUGUGUGUGUGCGUGCACUGAAGGGCAAUUACCAUUGACCGCUUUCAUUUGACACUUUGACAAAUUUUUAAAAAAAGGUAUGCUUUCUUACACUAGACUGUUUGUUUUAAAAGGUGAACAUUUAAAAGGUUCCAUGUCCAAAUUUUACAAGAUAUAAACUUGAUUUCAAAUCAUGAAUGUGGAAACAAGGCAAUAGUCAAUUUCGAGAAUAAAUUAAUUUAUUUGUUGUUUUUACUUUCUGUAGGGGUAAGCAUAGAUUACAAUAAAUAGUUUGGGUAGCUGAAGUCAAAAUAAUGGAUAUUAGUAGGUAACAUGUACCUUGUGGUCAGUGUGUGUAUAUAUAUAUAUAUAAAUACAUUUAAUUAUAUAUACCUAUUUGGACCUAAAAUCCUUAUAGCAUUUCUCUCCCAAAGCACUGGAAAUCUAAAAAAAAAAAAAAAAAAAAAAAAACUACAGAAGACAUUUUAUAUCUAUCCAGUUGUUUAAAAAAAAAAGUACAAAAAAGGCUCUGGUGUGUCACUUUUAAUUGUGUUUCAUUUUUAUGUUCGGUAAUUUUUGUUUUUUUAAAUCUCGUUGACUGCCAUUGUAAAACUCGCUAGUCCGCAGUUCCCUCGCUCAACAGCAGGGGGAGCUGCUGCUCUGGUAGCCAUAAUGCUCCCCCCUCCCCUCAAAGGACCAUGACCUCAUGUGGCAAGAAGAUGCCUUGCAGGAAACUUGUUUUUAGUUAUUUUUAUGUUGAUCCGAUCUGUAGAUAUUUAAAUGAAUUUAUUAAUGGGUGAUUUUUUAAAAUUUUAUUUUAUCGUAUUCUAUUUUAAAUGUGCUUUGUGAAUGUAAAUUUUUAGAUAGCAAUCAAAUUGCAAUAGGUAUAGCUUAAGAUUUUGGAAUCAAGUACCCACAGUAUGCUUUUCUUGGUUCUGCACCACAGCACAAAAAGUUUCGUGAUAGAACUGCUAGAAGCCCAAGUACUCAAGACUUCCCGUUUUUAUUUUUGAGAUGCACAAAAAAGAUUCUGUAAUAAGUAACUCCACAUUUAGAGUACGUAUCAACUUGUCACUUGUACAGCAGGUGACACUUUUUACGAUACUAUUAGUUACUGACCAGUUGAAGCGAGUGGUGUCGAGGCAUCCCAGGCAAACAAAAAUGUGGAUAUUCUUUCAGAAUAUUUUUUUUUUCUAACAUAACAUAUCUUUAAUUUAGCAUCUGAAAAAUACUUUGCAACAUUAUUUUUUAAAUUUGUUCAUUAAAAAAAAAAAAAAAAAAAAAUGUUUGAAGUAUUACAGCAUUUCAUACACUCCAUGCUUAAAACCAACAGCCUCAUUCAUUAUGUACAGCUGUGAAAGACAGGCUGGGGAGAUCUAGUUACUGAGCUGCAGUGUAAUUAAAGGGGCGAAAAUACCGAGCUUUAAAAUACACGUGGUUAAAAUAAAUGUUAUGCCAAUGAAAAGGAAAUGUUUGGGGGGGGGAAAAACAACAACUUUGAAAACUGACUAGAGUCCCCAGUUAAACCACUGUUAGUUUUCUUGUAGCAACAGUGACACCCAGUGGCUAGUUUGCCUCACUGCAUGCAGUUCACUAGCAUCGCUGCUAAAUGUUUUUCCAAGUUUAUUUUGUUGUGGCAACAGAACAUUUCAAAGGGGAGUCCGGAUUCUAUUUUUUGCUUUCCCUGCACAUUUAUAUUAACUGCCUUGGUGUAUCUUGGAGAUAUGGUUAUUUUUUUAAUUUUUUUUUUUUUUUUUUUGCAAAGCAAUAAAGAGUUUUUAGGUGUGCUGGAAUGUAAUCUAGUUAUCUGACUUGACAGCAUCAGCCCGAGUUGUAAUAUUAAUAUAUUAAAUGAUGUAUAUUAUAUUUAAAGGUUUUAAAUAUUGCUAGUCUUUAUAUAUAUAUAUAAUAUAUAUAAAACAACAAACAAAAAGGAGAAGCAUGCUGACAAACUGACCCCUUGGAUUGAGUUGAUAAGAAUAACAGAGAGAGAGAGAGAGAGUCAUCCAACCAGUUCAGCGACUUGCUGUUGUGACAGGUCUGCGUGGAAGCUGAGCCUUUUCUAACGCUGUCAGUCAAAUCCAGUUGCAUGACUCGUGAGUGACACCCUGCUCAUUAUUAAGUGCAGCUCAUUUGUAACUCUUACUCAUGGAGUUCUAUUUUGUAGUCAGUGUAUAAAUUCGGAGCUAGAGGAUUGGCAGUGUAUUUAAAUACAGUAUUUGAUCUAACUUCUCUGCUCAGGUUAGCCAGGCAACUUUUGGACAAGUGUGAAUUAAUAAAUGUGACUUGAAAUGUGAAGAGGACAGUGUCAUUUUUUUACAACAAAAGGCUUUGAUCUAGAAAUAUUCUUAUCUGCUACACUGUGUGAGCCAUUGAGAGGCAAUUCCCACUGGAUGAUCAUUGCCCCAUCAUAAAAUAACAUUUGGUUGUUUAGUCAUUGUUUGCACUUCCAGAACUAAAGGCGUGUUAGGAAGCACACAGUGAAAAAACGACCCAGAACUCAAAGCAAUGUUAGCAACAAUAUUCAGCUUUCCUUCCACAAUCUGACCUACACUGAGCUAAUGAUGUACACCUGGGUCUUCUACCCAGACUGAAUUAACUACAGCCUUCCUGACUGCAUAUUGUAAUCCUUGCUAAGUUAAAACAAAAUAUCUUGCAGUCUCCGUACGGCACUGUACUUAGCAAGCCCUUUGAUGAAAGUCAAGGCAUGGAACUGUACAGCACUGUUUAAAAUGAAGGUUGGGCAUUAAGACCUGUGAGACCCAGGAUCAAAGAGCCAGGUUGAGAUUCACAGAAGCCACUACUGGACAUGCUGUUCCUCUUUCAACUCUGAUAUAUGAUCAGGUAUCAGAACUUGUGUUAUUCUUCCUUCAAUGCACUCGAGUGCAUGGUUGGUGCCUGCUCUGAACACAGUUGGUCUUGGAACUGAGUGUCUGGAGCUCAAAACGAGAAAGCUGAUUUCAUUGUAAACCAGAGCUUGUAUCAGGUCCCAUGCUGUCCUGUAAUAUCUCAGCCCUCUAGAUAGCACACUAACCCUUCAUGCACCGCGACCUCGUAAAGGGACGGAGCCUAAAAAACCUCUCCUAGUCUUCAUAUGGGGACACAUGGAAGACGCAAAUGCAUGAUAGCCUCAGGUCAGCAAAUACAAAGCAAUGGGGAAACAACUGUAAGCAUUUCAAAUAAAAAGUAUAUCUCAGAUAAACAAUUCCGAGCUCACAAAAAAAGAACAGAUCAGGCAAUGGGGGCUUUGUUUUUCUCCAGAAAAAGAAAAAAAAAACAGCCAAGCCCUGGAACAUUACAACUGUUUACAGCACUUAAGUUUGAAUUAGUUAUUGCCAGGAAAGCAGUGUUGGGUGACUUGCAGUGUUUUUCAGUCCCCACAGAGCAGCAGUGAAUACUAAACAGGGAGCUGCUCCUAAUUUUAAUCUCCACUCUGUACAAAGACAUUUCCCAGUCAAAUCAUUUUAAAAAUGCAGUCAUUUUGAGUGUAUUAUUUCUGCUUAUUGUUGUGUUACUUGUAUAAAAAAAAGAUGGAUCUACUGUACCACACCCCAAAGUCUCUGUGCUAGACAUAACUGAAAUAAACUUUGCCAUUCACCAAAGGA